AUGAUCAGGGUCGCCAAACCCAAGAACGCUCGUUCCAAACGAGCCCUCGAAAAGCGUCAGGCUCGCGAAUACGAAGCGGCCAAAACAGCCAUCUUCGUCAGAGGCCCUCACUCGUCUGCAAAGCUCAACAUCGCCCUCACCGAACUCGCUUUGCUCAAGAAACCAGAUGUCAUCGCAUUCAACAAGAAGAACGAAGCGUUGCCGUUCGAAGAUACCUCGUCGUUCGAGUUUUGGAGUAGCAAGAACGAUGCCUCGCUGUUCAUGUUUGGAAACUCGCAGAAGAAGCGACCGGACAACUUGACGUGGAUUCGAAUGUUCGAUGGUACCGUAUUGGAUAUGUUGGAGAUGGGUGUGGUGGAGGCAAAGAGUAUGAACGACUUCAAAGGCGUGGCUAGGCCGGGGGUGGGGAUGAGACCGUUGUUUCAUUUCAGUGGGCCUCAGUUUACGACGCCGACGGAUGCGAGCACGAGUAUGAUCGCAGGUGCCGAGGGAGGAGAGCAUGAUGAGACGGGAGCGUAUCAGCAGUUCAAGAGCAUGUUGUUGGACUUCUACCGGGGUGAAGAGUUGAAGACGAACCAGAUCGCCUUGAGUGGAUUGCAACAUGUGAUCUGCGUCACUGCCGCUCCCACCCAGUCGACCGCGAACGGAAAGCAGUCCACAUCGACCGAUGGCGCAGGCGACACCCUCGCAGACCUCUACAAAGCAGCAGGUUUGACACCCAACGGCACCGCCAUGACCUCCUCCACCUCGUCCGUCGUCACCUCCCCACCCAACACCCUCAUCCACUUCCGCGUCUACACCAUCCAACUCCUCGCCAGCGGCUCCAAAACCCCCCGCGUCGAAUUGCAAGAAUGCGGUCCCUCCUUCGACUUCCAACUCCGAAGGCGGAAACCCGCCAGCAUCGAUAUGCUCAACCAGGCACUCCGAAGACCCAAGACCCAGGCCGAGAAGAACAGACAGGGCAAGGAGGGCGCAAAGAAGAACAUCGAGACCGACGAUAUGGGCGAUACCGUCGGUAGGAUCCACGUCGGUAAGCAGGAUCUCAACGGUCUGCAGACUAGGAAGAUGAAGGGUCUCAAAAAGCAUUUGGAUCCCACGGCGAGCAGCGGCGACGAGGACGAUGAGGAGAUGGCAGAGUUUGACGGAGACGAGGAUGAUGACGAAGAGCUGGAGAUGGAGGAUAUGACCAUGUACAGUGAUGACGACGACGAGGAGGACGACGAAGAAUAG